GAGGUCGAGGUCGCAGUCGAGGUCAGCUAGUCCGGGAGUCUCUCAGUAGAGCUCGGCGACUAGCGCAGAUUGUAGCUGGCUGCUCCCGCCAUGUAAGAUAGUGUGAUGUGUGGUGUUGUGUGCUAGUGUUGGCUACAGUUUUUGUGUUGGAUAACAAUCUUCAAUUUGCAAACGUGGACAUGAUUAGGGGAACGCCAGCGAGUUUAAUUGUUCCAACCUCUUAUCACGCCAACCCUUGGCUGCAGAUGGAGAACUCUGGUUUUGAGCUGGACACUGAAAAGGGGGAAGUUGAAAUGUCUGACGUGAAAAGGAACGGCAAAGACACGACACAAACUCACUCCUGCAAGCCGGACCUCUGCCGUGGGAUGUACGCGAGUUACCUCAAAGACCGGAAGAAGAUGGCAGUCAAUCCCUGGGACCGCCUCAAGACUGUCUUUCUAGUUGGAAUCAUAGUCGUGCUGUUUCUGUGGAUUCUAGUGUAUGUGGUAACCUCCAGACUAGGUUGGCUGUGAGUGUUACGUCUGUUUUCCAGAUCCUUCCAGAGUCCUCAUAAGAUGACAAGCAACUCUUGGAACCACCUCAAACCCUUCAUGUCAUUGUUGUCUUCUUCAAUGGAUACUUAUGUAGGUAGCAACCUGCGGGAUGGGGUAUCAUAAAUUGUAUACACACCACACCACACCACCAUCCAGUUAAUUUUAAGAACAUCAUCUUACUUGUCAUCUUUAAUUUUGCUUUCCGUGGUGUCAUCUUUAAUACGAACUCAGCAAACUGGAAAGAAUAUGAGCGGUCUUGACUCAACCGGAAACAUAGCUUAAGAUGAAUGUCACAUCUAGUAAUUCUAAAAAAUAUCUGAUCCUAGGAUCACAUUAAGAUCCUUUAUGUAUCGUUAGCAUAAUUUACUGUCCUUUUAUAUGUUCGUAUAUGUGCCUGGUUAGACAAUAUCCCUGAGUGCAGCAAGAAUAUUACGUUUAAUGAAUAAUUAAUAUUAAAUAGUUAACUAUACUUAUAACAUGAUAAUGGAUCUUCGUUAUAUUUGUGUCUUUAGUGUUGUUAUGUUUUAUUAAAAUUUUAAGAGUUUAGACAUGUUUUUUGAAAAAAAUAUAAUUCUGCAUGUUUUGUUUGUACAUAUUUACCACUUUUACAAGAGUGUGUUUUUAAAACUGCGUUGCAACAGUUUUUAAUCAAAUAAUGUUUGAAUACUACAGUUGUAAGUUAUCUGAUAAUCUAAGACUGACACGAAGAUAUUUGCUCUUGUCUAUUAUAUCAUGAAGGAGAUAAUUGUAAAUGAGCCUAGUAUUAAAGAUUUUGUUUUGGAGUGUUGUUUUGGAUAUGUUGUAUACAUUUUAGUUUCUAGUAAUCAAUAAAUUUUGUACAGUGUUAUAGAAUUUACUUUAUUUUGCCUUUAUAUUAUUGAAUAAAAUAAAUCAUUUUAUUUUUU